GCAUGACGUCAGCGCGCUCACGCAAGAGUGGAGAGCCCGGCGACGCGCGCGCGCUCGCUCUCUCUCUCUCCCCGACGCCGAGCCUCCAUUUGUGAGCAAGCUGAACGAUGCGAGCUCUCGCUCCUGUUGCCGCCGCCCAGUAACGAUAUCCACUGAGAACCUACAGAGUUCCCUGUUCACCUGACAAACCCAGGACCGUAGCGAAAUUUCGGAGAAAAAAAAAACCCAGAGAGACGGACACAAGCUCUCGUUUCCCGAUUCGUUAUUCUCACACCGUCGCUCGCGGGAUUUAAUGCUCUAGCUGUAGUCGCAGAGAGAGAGAGAGAGUGAGAGAGAGAGAGAGAGAGAGGGAAGAAGAGGUAGCCUUUCGAAGGGGGAAAACGGAUUGCUCGCUAUUUCCGCCGCACCUUUUCACUAUUUUGGAGCACACGAAGAGCCGAGGUUGGUCUAGUCAUGGGAUGUACACUGAGCGCCGAGGAGAGAGCGGCUCUGGACAGGAGCAAAGCGAUCGAGAAGAACCUGAAGGAGGACGGAAUCACUGCGGCCAAGGAUGUGAAACUGCUCCUGCUAGGGGCUGGCGAGUCCGGGAAAAGCACCAUCGUCAAACAGAUGAAGAUUAUCCAUGAGGAUGGCUUCUCUGGAGAUGAUGUGAAGCAGUAUAAGCCCGUGGUGUAUAGCAACACCAUCCAGUCCUUGGCUGCCAUCGUCCGUGCCAUGGACACCCUCGGCCUGGAGUAUGGGGACAAGGAGCGCAAAGCUGACGCAAAGAUGGUGUGUGAUGUUGUGAGCCGCAUGGAGGACACUGAGCCCUACUCUCCUGAGCUCCUGACCGCCAUGAUGCGUCUGUGGGCCGAUUCGGGCAUUCAGGAGUGCUUCAGCCGCGCCCGUGAGUACCAGCUCAACGACUCAGCCCAAUAUUACCUAGAUAGUUUAGAUAGGAUUGGUGCUGCAGACUACCAGCCCACAGAGCAGGACAUUCUGAGAACCCGAGUGAAGACCACUGGAAUCGUCGAGACCCACUUCACCUUCAAGAACCUGCACUUCAGGCUGUUUGAUGUGGGAGGUCAAAGGUCAGAAAGGAAGAAGUGGAUCCACUGCUUUGAGGAUGUGACUGCCAUCAUCUUCUGCGUGGCUUUAAGUGGUUAUGACCAGGUGCUCCAUGAAGAUGAGACCACGAACCGCAUGCAUGAGUCCUUGAAGCUGUUUGACAGCAUCUGCAACAACAAAUGGUUCACAAACACCUCCAUCAUUCUUUUCCUUAACAAGAAGGACAUAUUUGAGGAGAAAAUAAAGAAAUCGCCCUUAACUAUCUGCUUCCCUGAGUACACAGGGCCGGACACUUUCCUGGAGGCAGUGGCUUACAUCCAGUCGCAGUAUGAAAGCAAGAACAAGUCUGUGAAUAAGGAGGUGUACGCGCACAUCACCUGCGCCACCGACACCAACAAUAUCCAGUUUGUCUUCGACGCUGUCACUGAUGUCAUCAUCGCCAACAACCUGCGUUUCUGUGGUCUUUACUGAGCCCAGGCCUGCUCUCAGAUCUGUAUACGCCCUCGUUUUGUUCUUAAUGUCUAGCUCUCCAGUGGUGGACAACAGAAUGAAAGCUAACCAAAGAGCUUCCUCAACAGUCAUAAGCAAGGGGUUAAGCUUAGUUUAAAGAUUAAGACCCAGUUACUGAUUUAGGCACAGUGUGGAAGUAAAUUUUCACAUCUCACAUUCUCACAUCAUGUUUAUUAAAUGUUUAAACAAGCUGGAACAGGGAAGAGAUAGCAGUUGAAUUAAUUUAAAUUACCCGGCUAUCUUUAUUCUGUAAAUGUUGCCUUUAAUGUCCCCCGUAAUUAUAUAAUCUUCAAAUUGUCUCCAUCAUUAUUCAAAGGCCAAAAUAAUGAAGUCAAACAUGGUCAAAUCAUCAUUAAAAUCUUGCAGUUUUGAAACAUUUUACCUUUACUAAUUUUGAAACACGAAGCACCUUGUAGCAUUGUUUGCCUUAAACGGGCAUUAUUGCUGUACCGCAUGUAUAUUGCAGUCUUUUGAGACCAUCUCAUAGUUACAGUGCCAUAGGUAAGAUUUUUAUAUAUUGUCAAGACUUGAAUGUUGAUGAAACUCAUUAACUAAAUGGCAUUAAAAGUUCCACCCAACAAAUGAUGCCUUGAGCAGCUCUACUGCAGAAAUAGCACCGUAUCAUCAUUUAAAAAAAAAAAAUCUGAGUAUGCUACUCAGUUAAAUUAUACACUAUACCAGUUUUCAACUGCAACUUUUUUGCUGGUUUAUUUGUAUUAUUCCUAAUAAACUCUAAACGCUGAAAUAUCAAGGUUUUAUUUCUACUGUGGGGCUGAAGGUACAGUGAGUAUGUAAUUAAAAAAAAAAGUUUUUAAAUUAUUACAUUACAUUCAGUUUUUCUUGGUGUAUAUAGUCAAAACUGUAAUUUCACUUUGAUUUAUUCAGCAGAUCAGAGAUAUUAACAGAAACUGAAAAUUAAUUAGGAAUGAUCAAACCACUUGUGUCAUUUUUUUUUAGUAACUGUGUGGUGGUGUUGUGCUUUAAGCUUACGCAUCCAAAGCAGUCAAUGCGCAUUGGCCGUCUGUCAUUCUGUACAGUUUAAUCAUAGUGUCAGUGCUCCUCAGGUUGUUUGCUGUUUAUUUUGGCCCUAGUCUGUAAUUUAGCCUACUGAAAGCCUCCAAUCAAUCUCUCUUUUUGUUUUCCCCCUCCUCCCCCCAAAUCUGGGUGAUUGCUUGUUACAAAGAGGGUGUUGAUAUGCUUUCCUAACUCUCAUUGUAUGUCCGAGAGAAAGAGAAUUUCACUGGGAGGCAGGAAAUAUUUUUAAUAUGGAUCAGGCUGGUGGAAUAAAGCAGGAAGAGCAGGCGGUGAUUUGUAAUGGUGGCAAGGCAUCACUAAGAAUCAUGGGAUUGGGUUUAUCUGGAUUUAAUUAGAAAGAAAAGUGCUGUUGUAGCUACAGACACAUUGCAAUAUUCUUUCUUUACCUAAUUAAGCCUGCUUGUGUGGAAGUGGAAUACUGGAUCAGGAGCCACUAAGCACAUACAGGGCUUCUGUACCUAUUAUCUGCAUAGAUGUAUGUGAAGCUAGGUAGCUGGUUCAGUAAUGGAUGGCCUCAGCUAUAUUUGCCAUAGAUGUUAGGUGUCCUAAUUUUCCCAUUACUCCUUGAUUGUACAGCACCACUGGGAGUAUCAUCGCUGGGUCACCUUCUGGAACUUAACUGUAGCAUUCGUAAGCCUUUAGUAGUCAUUUGUUCCUUAUGCUGGAAAUUCCAAAACCAAAACGGCAGCACAUCAUGGUAGUUGCGCAGCAGUGUUUCUCAUUAACUAUAUUUGGUGCAUGAAGUACUAUAAAGGGUUGAGAAUGUGCUUAUUAUCUGGCAUGGCUAUGACCUAGAGCCAGUUAUUUUCCCCCGGAUGAAGGGAACAGUCUUUAGGUGAGAUGAAGUUUCAUGAUAGGAUGUUCUGCUGGUUCUGCUGUCUUCUCCUGCUGUGUGUGUGUGUAUGUGUGUGUGUAUGUGUGUGUGUGUAAAAACACCAGCUUAGUGACAGAUGAGCACUGCAUUCUGAAUCGGUGAGCUCUCAGCAUCUCUGCUGGAAGGUCAUUACAUAUCUUGUUGCAAAAAAGAAAAAAACAAACUCUCAACCCUCUUAUCCAUCCAAACGUGAAAGCCUUUUCACGUUGACACCGAUCUUCUCCCAGCUCUCUAUUUCUCUUGUUUAAUUUCUCCCUGUCGCUCUUCCAAAGAUGUUUAAUGAGCAUGGCCUUAAAGCUAGCCUUUCCACCAGAUUAAUCUUCCAUAAGCUUUAUGCUGCUGGUUCGGUGAAUGAUGGGCAUCAGCUUGUGUGGCCAAGGUGAAAAGGAAAUGAUGCUGUGUUGGUCCAGAGAUUUAUGGGAAAUGAAGUUUUUGGCCAUGUAAAGAGAUUUGUGGGUAAUUCAAUCAGUGCACAUUGAAUGACUAAUGGCUGAUUGUUCCCGUGGUUUUAUAUGGGCUACAACAGCUGGUACUGUGGCCAGACUGCUGUCAGCAUGGGCUCUGAUACAUGAUUGGAUAGGAGUAAUCCAUUUGACAUCAUAUUACCUGCUGAAAUGAGUUUUAUGGCCAAUGAAAAAAAAAGCAGUUGUAGUAUGUUGAAAGGGGACUGUAAAAAGUCAGUUAGCGGUGUCCUGUCUUUAUGCAGUUUCAUAGUUGCAAAGGGUGUUUAAAUAGCUUUCACUUAACAAUCACUUUUAUUGAUUCAUUCACUGCAUUAACACUACCAUUAUUGGACUUUUAGCCAAUGCAUGAUUAGUUAUAAAACAGGACACUUGCAGGACAGUUGGAUGGUGGGUUUAAAUAAUGCCAUCAAUGAUUGGAAGAAUCUGGAUUGAGAGAAGUAAUUUUAUUAUAGGUGUAAGUGCCAAGCACUGGGUGCUUUUUUUUAAUAGUGCCAUCUGUUCACACUUUGAUUGCAGAAGCACCUAGAUGUAGACUCUGUGCGUUCCCCUGAUAUCUGAUCACAGCAUCACUGUGUCUCUGUCAGUUUUAUGUCUAUCUGCUGUAGUUGUGUCAUUCACUGCUCUUGAUUAUUUAUUCAACAAUGGAUGUGUAUUUGUGUGUAUGUAUUUAUAUGAAACGAAUAAAGUGCCACUUGAAAGUUA